CCUUCACAAAUAAUAGUAAAGAAAUCAUCCUUGCCCUAGCUAGAGAAGAAGGAGAAGAAGCAAGGUAAACAAGAUCUAGCUAGAUGAUCCAUAUUUGGUAUUAAAUCAUAAAAAACAUCAAAAGAAAAAUAAAAAAUAGUAAAAAGAAACAUGGGAAGGGGGAGGGUAGAGCUGAAGAGGAUAGAGAACAAGAUAAAUCGACAAGUAACAUUUGCUAAGAGAAGGAAUGGGUUGCUUAAGAAGGCUUACGAGCUAUCAGUUCUUUGUGAUGCUGAGGUUGCGCUCAUCAUCUUCUCCAACAGUGGCAAGCUCUUUGAGUUCUGCAGCAGCUCCAACAUGGCCACGACAAUCGAAAAAUAUCAAAGGUUCAGUUAUGGAGCUCUGGAAGGGGGCCAGUCUGAAAAGGAGACGCAGAACAACUACCAGGAAUACUUGAAGCUAAAAACGAGAGUGGACGUGCUACAGCGUUCUCAAAGGAAUCUUCUCGGGGAGGAUUUAGGGAAUUUGGGCACUAUGGAGCUUGACCAGCUUGAGAAUCAGCUUGACUCGUCAUUGAAGCAAAUCAGGAGUAGAAAGGGCCAAUUUGUACUGGAUGAACUGUCUGAACUUCAAAGGAAGGAAGAACUGCUACUGGAAACCAAUAAUGCAUUAAAAAGAAAGUUGGAAGAAACUAGUGCAGCAAUUCGAUUGUCAUGGAAAGUCGGAGAGCAACGUGUUCCAUACAGCUUCCAACCUGUUCAGCCAUAUGAUCCGGUCGAGCCUUUGCAAUACAACAGUACUUUUCAGUUUGGUUACAAUCCAGCGGAAACAGAUCAAGCGACUGUUACAUCCUCAACUCAAAAUGUUAACGGGUUCAUUCCAGGGUGGAUGCUUUAGCUUUUGAAACUAAAAAAAUUCAAGAAUUUGCCAUCGGGCUAGAAAACGAAAUGCACAAGUAACUCUUAAUUAUGUGAUGGUUCAA